GCAAAUUGAUUCAAAAGGUGAAGUAACACGAUGUGUCCUACAGAUGGCAGUGUUUUGAAGGAAAAUGUGACAAUAUUUUUGUGUGGAAACAAAACCUAAAUGUAUUUAGAGUUGUUACUUUAUGUGGAAUAUUAAAGUACAGUAUCAGAAUAAUCUGACCUGAACCUGAAAAAGGAACACAAGGUUCUGCACAUUUACAACAAGCAUAAAAUAAUAUAUUUAACAAAGAUAUUUGUCUUAAAACAUUAAAAUGUCAAUUUAAGGGGGCACAAAUAGUGAAACAAAUGAUUUAUUGAUUGAUCAUGUGAACAUGUUUAUUCUGGGUGUCCUUAAUAGAUUUAAAAACCUUAGUUUGGGAUGCAAAAAGCAUAAAGGAACAUCUCUGAACGCGCUCAAAUCUUGCAACAUGAUGACGCGUUAGAGGCUGGGUCUGAAAGCGCACACCGUACGUGAUGUGCAACUGAACUGAUGGGUGACUUCAUGUAGCGCCAGCCUCCUCUCUCAUUCACAGACAGACACUCAGACAGACAGACAGACAGACAGGGACACGCAGGUUCCACGAUCACUUCACCGGGAGAUGCUCUCUGCUCCCCAGACGACUUUCCAAGCCGCGCGUCGCCUCAACCUCCAGUAAAAAAAAAAAAGAAAAAGAAAAAAGAAAUCACCGGCUGGAUUCGGUCUGCGCACGUUCUGUGGAGCCGGUGCCGGCGGGACGUUUCCCCCUAAAGCCCUUGAAAAAAAGCCCAGCAUCUGCGGUUCCCAUGAAUGAGUUUCUUGCAGUUUCAAGGAUGAUGUGAAGUGCUCUCAAGAAGAAUAAGACACAAUUCAGUGCAACUGCAAGUGCAAUCCCCGCUAGCACACAAUCUUGUUUGUCCAAGCUCGCCAUUUCACAGAGCCCUGUUGGUAUGGGGACGCACUUGAAGAAAGGAUGGACUUAUUGCAGUCUCAAUAAAGGUCACUGCCCUCUAAAGGCCAUGUCAUGGUGCCUGUCCCUCUGGCUAUUGACUCUAAUCUCUGCAAAUCAAAAAACAGCUCUUGGACAGACAAUGAACUCUUUUCAAUCAGAGCGGAGGGAGUGGCCGUUGAACCAUUUGACGGUGCAUCAGUCUACUGGAGAUCUGUAUGUUGGAGCCGUAAACCGAAUCUAUAAAUUGUCUGCUAAUCUCACCCUGUUGGUAUCCCAUGAUACUGGGCCGGAGUAUGACAACAAGGCGUGUUACCCGCCACUGAUUGUUCAGCCCUGUUCGGAGCCUUUAGCCUCUACUGAUAAUGUCAACAAACUGCUGCUCAUAGACUACUCCAACAACCGCCUGCUGGCCUGUGGCAGUCUCUACCAGGGCAUCUGCAAACUGAUGAGGCUAGACGACUUGUUCAUCCUUGUGGAGCCAACUCACAAGAAGGAGCACUACCUGUCCAGUGACAACCAGACAGGAACCAUGUAUGGAGUCGUUGUGCCCUCCUUGGGUCAGGAUGCUACUCUAUACAUUGGCACGGCAGUUGGUGGCAAACAGGAUUACUUUCCUACUAUCUCCAGCCGUAAACUGCCUCGUGACCCAGAAUCCUCUGCCAUGUUGGACUAUGAGCUUCACACUGACUUUGUUUCAUCUCUCAUCAAAAUCCCCUCAGACACGCUUGCUCUGGUCCCGCACUUCGAUAUCUACUACAUCUAUGGCUUCUCUAGUGGAAGCUUCGUCUACUUCAUGACAGUGCAGCCAGAGACUCCAGAGAAUGGCAUGUCUGCAGGUGGUUCCCCCGGUGACUUGUUUUACACAUCUCGAAUCAUUCGCCUGUGCAAAGAUGACAAGAAGUUCCACUCAUAUGUCUCACUUCCUGUGGGCUGCAUACACAGAGGCGAGGAGUACCGCCUGCUGCAGGCUGCGUACCUGUCCAAGGUUGGAAGGGUGCUGGCAAAGUCUCUUAACAUCAGUGCUCAGGAGGACGUGCUCUUCGCAGUGUUCUCCAAGGGACAAAAGCAGUAUCACGACCCUUCAGAUCACUCUGCUCUCUGCAUCUUCACCAUCCAAGACAUUAACGCUCGGAUUAAAGAGCGGCUGCAGUCCUGCUAUCAAGGAGAGGGAAACCUGGAGCUGCACUGGCUGCUGGGAAAGGACGUGCAGUGCACCAAAGCACCUGUUCCCAUCGAUGAUCACUUCUGUGGCUUGGAUAUAAACCAACCCCUGGGGGGGUCCCAGCUGGUGUCGGGUCGGACAGUGUUCACCGAGAGCAGGGACAGACUGACCUCUGUCACUUCCUACAUCUACAACGGGCACAGUGUGGUCUUCCUGGGAUCCAGAAGUGGACGUAUAAAAAAGAUUAGACUGGACAACGCUCUGGAGGGAGGGGUUCUAUACGAGACAGUGACUGUGAUGAAGGACAGCAGCUCCAUCCUCCGGGACAUGGCCUUCUCUCUGGACAGGAGCUCUCUCCAUGUCAUGUCAAGAAAUCAGGUGGUCCAGGUCCCAGUGGAGUCCUGUGAGCAGUACGGUACGUGUGCUGAGUGCCUCAGCUCUGGUGAUCCCCACUGUGGCUGGUGUGUUCUGCACAACAUGUGCUCCAGGAGGGAUCGCUGUCCACGGAUGGACGAAAGCUUCCGAUUUGCCACUGACAUUGACCGCUGUGUGAAGGUCAUUUCUCACCCGGACAGCAUCGCCGUAUCAGCACAUAGUGUCCCUCUCCUGCUUGAGGUGAACAAUGUCCCAGACCUUUCUGCUGGGAUUACAUGCUCGUUUGGACAGCAGACCCAAGCGGAUGGCCACGUCAAAGGGAACAGAGUUAUGUGUCUCUCUCCAGCUGGAAAGGAGGUUCCACGGAUACCAGAAGGACAAGACUGGGCUGGUGUGGAGCUGCGGCUGAAUUCAAAGGAGACGGGUCAAAUGGUCGCCAGCACGGAGGUGAAGUUCUACAACUGCAGCACCCAUCAAAUGUGUCUGUCCUGCGUGAACAGCACUUUUCGCUGCCACUGGUGUAAAUAUCGCAACUUGUGCACCCACGACCCGAGCAGCUGUUCUUUCCAGGAGGGUAGAGUCAACGCUUCAGAGGAUUGCCCUCAGCUGCUUAACUCUGGAGAAAUACUCAUUCCCGCCGGCGAGGUCCGACCCAUCACCCUGAGGGCCCGAAACCUCCCACAGCCGCAGUCAGGCCAGAGGGGCUACGAGUGCGUGGUUAACGUACAGGGUGCCAGCCAUCGUGUCACUGCUCUGCGCUUCAACAGCACCAGUGUCCAGUGCCAGAACAGCUCGUACAUGUACGAGAGUGUGAAGAUCAGUGAUUUGGCAGUGGACCUCUCCAUCAUAUGGAACGGCAACUUCAUCAUCGACAAUCCUGAGAAGAUUAAAGUGCACCUCUACAAGUGCAGCGCCCAGCGGGACAGCUGUGGUAUGUGUCUGCGGGCGGAAAAGAAGUUCCAGUGCGGCUGGUGCAGCAGCGAGGGUCGAUGCACCAUGAAGCAGCACUGUCCUCCCAUCUCCCCUUACGCCAGCCGCUGGCUCGACCUCUCCUCCAGGAAUGUCAAAUGUGCCAACCCACGCAUUACAGAGGUGAGCCCAGUGGCAGGCCCGUUGGAAGGAGGCACACUUGUGACGAUCAAGGGCCUGAACCUUGGCCUUUCUUUCUCUGAGCUGGAUGGUAAUGUUGAUGUGGCAGGAGUGCAGUGCACCCCCAAGGAGGAGGGAUACAUCACUGCUGAACAGAUUGUUUGUGAAAUGGCUGUAGCCCCUGAUGGAAGUGUACCAGGUCCAGUCAAGCUGUGCAUCGGUGAAUGCAAACCAGAGUUACGGGCGCUCUCCACCCAGCUUUACUCUUUCGUGAGUCCAACCAUGGUGGCGCUGACCCCAGGCAGAGGGCCCGAAUCAGGAGGAACCAAGGUCACCAUAGUUGGAGAAAGUCUGGAUGCGGGAAGCAACAUUAAUGUACACUUUGGGAAUCAGACGUGUGAGCUUUUUAAGAGGACCAAUUCAGAAAUCGUCUGCUUCUCUGGUCCAUCGGUGACAGGAGCGGGGCCAGUGCAGGUCAGUUUGACUGUUGACCGAGCCAGAGUUCCUGGAAGUUUGUCCUUCGAGUACAUAGAAGACCCGACCGUCCAGCGCAUUGAGCCUCUCUGGAGCAUCACCAGUGGACACACCACCCUGACAGUGACUGGAACCAACCUGGAUGUAGUUCAAGAGCCUCGGGUCCGAGUCAAAUAUGCAGGACAGGAAUCCGUCAAUGUGUGUAAAGUCUUAAACACAACCACCAUCAGCUGUUUCGCUCCGUCCCUGAAAGCUGACUACACCAACGAUCAGGAGUCGAUCAAACACGUGGAUGAGUUUGGCUUCGUCUUCAACAACGUCCAAGCUUUGCUAACUUUUAACAACACAGGCUUUGUGUACUACCCAAACCCGUACCUGGAGCCCCUCAGCCUCACAGGUGUUCUGGAGCAAAAGCCUGGAGCUCCAAUUAUCCUUAAAGGCAGAAAUCUGGUGCCGUCUGCUUCUGGUGGGGCAAGGCUCAACUACUCAGUGCUGAUUGGAGAUGCUCCCUGUUCUCUGACGGUGUCUGACACUCAGUUACUCUGUGAGCCUCCAAAUCUCACAGGACAGCAUAAAAUCCUGGUACAAGUGGGAGGUCUCCACAUCUCUCCAGGAGAGGUCCACAUCCGGUCGGACAGCCUCCUCACCCUGCCCGCCAUCUCUAGCAUCACAGCUGGAGGAGGCUUGCUCCUCAUCGUAGUCAUCAUCGUGCUGCUAGCAUACAGGAGGAAGUCGCAUGAGAACGACCUCACUUUGAAGCGUCUGCAGAUGCAAAUGGACAAUUUGGAGUCCAGAGUGGCUCUUGAGUGUAAAGAGGCCUUUGCAGAACUUCAGACGGAUAUCAAUGAACUAACCAGCGAUCUGGACAGAGCUGGCAUCCCGUUCUUGGACUAUCGCACGUACUCCAUGAGGGUCCUCUUUCCCGGCAUCGAUGAUCACCCUGUGCUCAGAGAAUUGGAGGUGCCAGGGAGCGGCCAGGCGAAUGUGGAGAAAGCCUUGAAGCAGUUUGCUCAGCUGGUGAAUAACAAGGUUUUCCUGCUGACAUUCAUCCGCACACUGGAGCUGCAGCGCUCCUUCUCCAUGCGUGACCGCGGCUAUGUGGCUUCCCUCAUCAUGACCGCCCUGCAAAGCCGACUGGAGUACGCCACGGACAUCCUCAAGCAUCUGCUCUCAGACCUUAUAGAACGCAACUUGGAGAGCAAGAAUCACCCCAAACUCCUCCUCCGCAGAACAGAGUCGGUGGCAGAGAAGAUGCUGACAAAUUGGUUUGCCUUCCUGCUCCACAAAUUUCUCAAGGAGUGUGCUGGCGAGCCGCUCUUCAUGCUGUUCUGUGCCAUCAAACAGCAAAUGGAAAAGGGGCCCAUAGACGCAGUCACAGGAGAGGCGCGAUAUUCCCUCAGUGAAGACAAACUCAUCCGCCAGCAGAUUGAAUACAAGACGCUGACGCUGAGCUGUGUGAACCCCGACAAUGAGAACAGCCCAGAAAUCCCUGUCAAGGUGCUCAACUGUGACACCAUUACCCAGGUGAAGGAGAAGAUCCUAGAUGCCGUGUACAAGAACAUGCCGUACUCCCUGCGACCUCGAGCUGCAGACAUGGAUCUAGAGUGGCGCCAAGGCAGAACAGCUCGAGUGGUUCUUCAGGACGAAGACAUCACGACGAAGAUAGAAGGCGACUGGAAGAGGCUCAACACACUUAUGCACUACCAGGUGUCUGAGCGCUGUGUGGUGGCCUUGGUGCCCAAACAGAUGUCCUCCUUUAUCAUUCCUUCUUCUGCCAGUUUCCCUCGCAGUAUCAGCAGAUACGGUGUGGAUGUUCCCUUUCGCUCCACCCCCACCAGUCCCGACAGCCCCCACUCUCGUGUGCCCAUGCUGACCCCUGAUCUGGAGAGCGGGGUCAAAGUUUGGCACUUAGUCAAGAACCACGACCACGGGGACCAGAAGGAGGGCGAGCGUGGAAGCAAGAUGGUGUCUGAGAUCUACCUGACAAGGCUGCUAGCAACAAAGGGGACGUUGCAGAAGUUUGUGGAUGACCUGUUUGAGACCUUGUUCAGCACAGUCUGUCGGGGGACCGCUCUGCCCCUUGCAAUCAAAUACAUGUUUGACUUCCUUGAUGAGCAGGCGGACCGCCACGGCAUCCAUGAUGUGGACGUUCGGCAUACAUGGAAGAGCAACUGUCUUCCUCUCCGCUUCUGGGUGAAUGUCAUCAAAAACCCCCAGUUUGUGUUUGACAUCCAUAAAAGCAGCAUCACAGAUGCCUGUUUGUCUGUAGUGGCACAAACCUUUAUGGACUCUUGUUCAACGUCUGAGCACCGCUUGGGAAAAGACUCGCCCUCCACCAAGCUCCUCUAUGCCAAGGACAUUCCACAUUAUAAAAGCUGGGUCGAAAGGUACUACGCAGACAUCAACCGCCUACCUGCCAUCAGUGAUCAGGAUAUGAAUGCCUAUCUGGCUGAACAGGCUCGCCUUCACUCCAGUGAGUUCAACGUGCUCAGUGCUCUCCAUGAGAUCUACACUUACGUCAGCAAGUAUAGCCAAGAGAUCAUUGAAGCCCUUGAGCAAGACGAACAAGCCCAGAAGCAGAAGCUGGCAUAUAAAGUGGAGCAGAUCACCUUAGCUAUGUCCGCAGAGAGCUGAAACAAAUACACACCAAAACAGCAGCCCGUGGACACGCACACAUCAUCCAUAUGCACACAUUGUACACUGUGCACACUACAAAUCAAACGGCAGCACGCUGGGGUCACAGCUUGACAUCUCUGCUCAUGCAUAUGUGCAUGUAUGGACGUACAGGAAUCAGGCAGAACAUUUAAUGCUGCAGAGGGAUUUUAAUGGACCUAUUGUGUGAACAUCGGGAUACACAAACACUCAAAUGUACAUACACAAAAACAGCGGAACAUCCCAAAGUAAGACUUAAAAAUCCAGCGUCACUUUUUUUUUUUUUUCUCAAAUGAACUAAGAGACAAACACUCAACUUCCUCUCCAAACAGAAGAAUGAGAAGAUUCUGAUCUGCUGAGAUGGUUUGUCUUUUCUGUUGGUUCUUGGACUAAGAGUGUGUGGUUUGGCUGGAGUUCUGAGGCAAUCUGUAUUGUUUUAAAAGAUUAGAUGAGACAAAACUACUUUUUCUAAGUGCAAAGAUGAAGGAACUAGACAUUAACAGCUUGGAGCAACAUUGGAGUACCUAUUCUAAAAAAAAAGGGUGUUGCUUUUGUGCUGCUGACUCUUUCUGAGGGGCUCUUAGAGCCUUGUAACACUAUUCUCUAUUCAGCAACAGCUGUCUAACCGACCAGCUUUUAAAUGCAUUUACAUCUCCCACUGACAAGGUUAAGGUCUAACUGUUUAAUAAUCCAACACACAGACGUCUUAACUAUCCUGUUUUAAAUAUAUGGAGAGAUAUUUUUGGCCCACUCCUUGGCUUUUAGUGCCAAAUAUAAUUUACCUUCAGUUUCAUUCAUGUUAAAUGCUCCUGUAGAGGCUAUUAAUAAAACAUGUCAUUGUACGGAAGAGAUCUUGCUCAGGAUAGGGAACUUUUAGUGAUAAUCUAUAGGCCACUAAUUCAGACAUUCAAAGAUAAGUGGAGACCAAAUUGAACUGCAGUAGACAGCAUGAUUAAUUACGUCAUAGGCGUGAUGGUGGAUCAGAUUAGCUGAACCCUGGCCCUCAGCACUGCUCACUCACUGUCACUUUCUUCUCAGUUAUCGUUUACAUUGAGCUUAAUACUUGAAAUGCACUUGGUUUACAAGAUACUAAGAUAACUUGCAGCUCCGGUGAGGUAAUCUGAAUAGAUUAAGUCUGAUAAAGGCCUUUUAUGCCUUAUUGAUUUUCCUAAUAUACCUAAUAUGAGCGUGACCUGAAAAUGGAAUGUGGGUAAAAAAGAUUUCUUCUUUCCCGCAGACGUAGAGAUCAAAACGCUGCAGCUAAGUGUUUGAGAGUUUCUUAUAUUUUGUAAACGUUUGUAGAUAUUUAUUUUAUGCUAUAUGAUUAUUGCUUGUAAAGUCUGUCUUUGCUUUAGACUGUUUUUGUGUUUCAUUUCAGAAGGUUUCAUUUUGCAUUCUGGUGUACAUUUUUACCUAACAGCUUGUUGUAUCCUUGCUGCUGUAGUUUUAGUGCCAUGUCUGAACAUUCGAGUAUUUAUAAUUAUUACCAAAAAAAAAGAAAAAAGAAAAAGUCUCAGCCUCAUUUCAGCAAUUGCAGUGAUGAAAGAUAAAUGCCUUUCUGUGCUUCAGGCCCUGUAAUCGCUCAUAUAAACUCACAGCGAUUAUGAUAAGAUUGUGAUAUCUUUUGUGGUGCUGGUGAUUUUACUGUUGCAGUAUUUGUGGAGUAGUUACACUCCCCAAAGGACCUUAACUCAUGUUGAAACAAAAGAACAAGAUAAAACGAGACGAACAACAAAUGCAUUUCAUGUUAAAUGUUAAAAUAUGACAGAAUUCAUCCGUUUCAUGUGUGGUUUGAUGAUAAUACUUUAUAAAUGUGUUGUGCAAUAAUCUGUCUGACAUUUAAACUGUAAGUUUUUUUAAGCUAUGUAUUACUGUAUAAAUACUGUACAUAAAAAACACUCCUAUUUUGCAAGCAAAAGAUUCACUUUUUACUGUUGUUAUACAUUAAAUGCGCAACUGAUGAAACUAA